AUGGGAUGGCUCUGGGGUACAAGCUCUGAUGGUGACGACCCAAAGAGCAAAUUGGAUCCAGCGUUGAGGGAGUUUCUUGAUAGCGAGCGGCCGCGAAAAGACGAAGACAGGCAAAGGCACGAUAAUCUCCCCUCCGGUUCUGUACAGCGUCCACCUCCGUCAGAAGAUGGCGCACCGACAACGUACCGAUCUCAGCUCGGACUCGACGUACCUGGUAUAGACCAGCAAAACCAGAACUCGCGGUCGACGACUGAUCGUCCGGCCGUGCCUCCCGAAUCACUUUUCCAGGACGGACGAUAUGCGCAUCUCUGGCAGAACUAUCGACCCCAAACAGAGGUCGAGGCGGCUGGACGGUCCGACCAGGACCGUUUGUCGGAAGUGAUUGAAGCCUACAAUGAUCGCAAGGCCGCCAUUGGGCGGGCGGCGAUUGAGAACUGUGUGGACUACCAGAUUGCGGAAAAGGAAUGCUUUUCGAGCGGCGAUUGGGGAAGGCUGAUGAAGAUGUGUAAAGAGGAGAACAAGGCGUUCAACCGAUGCUAUACGAUGCAAAGCAGAUUCCUCAAGGCAUUGGGUUAUUUGGCAUUACAAAGAAGCGCAGAGGAGGAAGAGCGAAUUCAGAUGCAUGCCGAUACGCUGUAUCAUGAGAUGUUGGCACGAGAACGCAUGCAGGAGGAAGCGAAGAAGGAGGGACUGGAACCGCCGGUUCUGCCACCGUUGAUCCAAGCGGAGAGGACUACAAAAGCGCUCGGUCAGGACAGUGCGUGGGCGCGUGCAAGACAGCGUGCGUUGGAGAGCGGAGCAUCACCAAAUCUCAGUGCACAUACACCCGUAAAGCAGGAGCAGAUUAGGAAGCGCAUCCAGGGCAUGACGAAGGCAGAGCAAGAGCUGGAGCUGCAGCUGAUUGCCGCUGAAAAUCGAGCUCAGAUGGAAUAUGCACAGCAAAUUGAAGAGAGACUAGAGGAAGAUCGCAAACACAGGGCGGAUCGCAGAGAGCGUGGUAAGGAGACGUUCGGUGAUUCUAUCAAGCGACUAUGGGGUUGGGAUAAAUGA